GUGGGCGGGGCUUUCCUAUCCCGGGUCUGCAAUCCUGAUUCUUCGUUCGUUCGCGAGCGCAGAACGAAGGCUGAGCACGAAUGUAGCCAUAUUCGGCUUCACUGAGAGCCACACCGGCUAGCACCAGCCAGCACCAGCCGGGUUUCUCCCACUUUUUUUGAUAAAGCACCCACACCCAGUUUUGGGGUGCUCAUUUGUGUAGGUUAAAGGUGUCUAAUUCUUCAUUAGGAAGUUUAUUAUUGGAGAUUUCCAGCCGAUCGGAAUGAGCGUCCAGUCAUCCUGAGAUUCGACGGGAGGAAAAGCCCCGACACAUCCCGCAAAGUGGAGAAAGUAACGUUACAGAUUUGUCGGGAUUAAGGCGAAUGGAGCCGACUGGGCCCCGAGACUGAGGAGACGGUGGAAACCAGUGCACAACAGCGGGGUCGAGCCAUCGUUUAUCUGAGCACUAUGUUGGCCACACUUUGCUAGCUGGCUAGCUGGAUGGCUGGCUAGCAGUUGGAGUCUGGGACUUCAGAGCUCCACAGAAAUCAGUCACCUCAUAAAUACGGUUUUCGUUCGUUGCGCUCCAGGCGCGCGAUAAUCUCCGUUAUAUUACAUUUGAACAUCGUUACUUUUAAUCCUUUCUGGAUCUGGGAGUGGUGGUCGGGCCGCAGAUUUGGUAGAAAAUGUCUGCAAAGGUGCGCCUGAAGAAGUUGGAGCAGUUGCUGCUGGAUGGCCAUCACAAGAACGAGAAGUCGCUGAGUGUGGAGACGCUGCUGGAUAUUCUCGUAUGUUUAUACAACGAGUGCAGCAACUCGCCCCUAAAACGGGAAAAGCACGUGACUGAAUUUUUGGAAUGGGUGAAGCCAUUCACAACCACCGUGAAGGAGAUGCGCCUUCACCGAGACGACUUCGAAAUGCUCAAAGUGAUUGGCCGGGGAGCAUUUGGAGAGGUUGCCGUGGUGAAGAUGAAACACACAGAGCGUGUUUACGCCAUGAAGAUCCUCAACAAGUGGGAGAUGCUGAAGAGGGCCGAGACUGCAUGUUUCAGAGAAGAGAGGGAAGUCCUGGUGAAUGGAGACUGCCAGUGGAUCACCACCCUGCAUUAUGCCUUCCAGGAUGACAACUACCUGUACUUGGUGAUGGAUUAUUACGUGGGUGGUGACCUGCUGACUCUGCUUAGUAAGUUUGAGGACCGACUCCCGGAGGACAUGGCCAAGUUCUAUGUGGCGGAGAUGGUGCUUGCUGUCCACUCCAUCCACCAGCAGCGCUAUGUUCACAGGGACAUUAAACCCGACAACGUUCUGCUAGACUUGAACGGUCACAUCCGUCUCGCGGACUUCGGCUCCUGUCUGAAAAUGAUGCAAGAUGGAACGGUCCAGUCUUCAGUGGCUGUUGGCACACCGGACUACAUCUCUCCAGAGAUCCUGCAGGCCAUGGAGGAUGGCAUGGGGAAGUAUGGACCAGAGUGUGACUGGUGGUCUCUAGGGGUCUGCAUGUACGAGAUGCUGUACGGCGAGACACCCUUCUAUGCCGAGUCCUUGGUGGAGACUUACGGAAAGAUCAUGAACCAUGAGGAACGUUUCCAGUUCCCCUCCCACAUCACAGAUGUGUCUGAAGAUGCUAAAGACCUGAUCCAGCGGCUGAUCUGCAGUAGAGAGUGCAGGCUGGGGCAGCAAGGCAUCGAGGAUUUCAAGAAGCACCCGUUUUUUAAAGGCAUCAACUGGGAAAACAUCCGCAACACAGAGGCUCCGUACAUCCCUGACGUGAGCUCUCCGUCGGACACCUCAAACUUUGAUGUGGACGACGAUGUGCUGAAAAACCCGGACAUUGUUCCGCCAGUCUCGCACACUGGUUUCACCGGGCAGCACCUGCCAUUCGUGGGCUUCACCUACACCACUGAGAGCUGCUUCUCAGACCGAGGGAGCUUAAGGAGGGUGGUAUUUACCGACGGAGGUGCUGGGGAAGAUCUCCAAGACGGGGGGUUGCAGGUGGAGGCCUUCGAGAAGAGGAUUCGCUGCCUGGAGCAAGAAAAACAGGAGCUGAGUCGCAAGCUGCAGGAAUCCACUCAGGCGGUUCAGUCUCUUCAUGGCUCUGGGCGCGGAGCUGGCACACUCGGCCGUGAUAAAGAGAUUAAAAAACUCAAUGAGGAAAUCGAUCGACUUAAGAAGAAACUGGCAGACUCUGAUAGGCUGGAGCACCAGCUGGAGGAGGCUGUGACUCUUCGACAGGACUUUGAAAGUUCCUCCACUAAACUUAAGGCCCUGGACAAGCAAGUCCGAGCUCUCAGGCAUGAGAAAGAGGAGAUUCAUAAGCAACUUGUGGAGUCUCUGGACCGCCUUAAGUCUCAGACCAAGGAGCUGAAGGACACCCACCAGCAGAGGAAACUGGCCAUGCAGGAGUUCUCCGAGGUGAAUGAGCGCAUGGCCGAGCUGCGCUCGCAGAAGCAGCGUCUGUCGCGGCAGCUCCGGGACAAGGAGGAGGAGAUGGAGGUGGUUAUGCAGAAGCUCGAUGCCAUGAGGCAGGACAUCCGCAAAACCGAGAAGGCCCGCAAGGAGCUGGAGUCUCAGCUGGAGGACGCGUGUGCCGAAGCCUCUAAGGAGCGUAAGCUCAGAGAGCACAGUGAAGGGUACUCCAAACAACUGGAGAGCGAGUUGGAGACACUCAAGGUGAAGCAGGGAAGCGGUCGUGCGUCAGGCCUCGGGUCAGAGACCCAGCAGGAGCUCACCAAGGUGAAGUCAGAGCUGGAUAAAAAGGUGCUGUCUUUUGAGGAGGAGCUGCUGAGGCGUGAAGCUUCUCACACUACAGAGCUGAAGAACAUGAAGAAGGAGCUUCGUGACUCAGAGAGCCAGCAGAUUUCGCUGCAGAAAGAGCUGAUGGUGCUCAAAGACAAACUGGAAAAGUCCAAGAGAGAGCGGCAAACUGAGAUGGACGAGACCACGGGCACCCUGAAAGAGAAGUAUGAACGUGAACGCCAUCUCCUGACCGAGGAAAACCGCAAACUCACUGCAGAAACAGACAGGCUCUGCACGUUUGUGGACAAGUUGACCGCUCAGAACAGGCAGCUUGAGGAUGAGCUUCAGGAUCUAGCAUCUAAAAAAGAGAGCGUAGCACACUGGGAAGCGCAGAUCGCCGAGAUCAUCCAAUGGGUCAGCGAUGAGAAAGAUGCACGUGGAUACCUUCAGGCUUUGGCCUCCAAGAUGACGGAGGAGUUGGAGUCUCUGCGUAGCUCCAGUCUUGGAUCCAGAACUCUGGAUCCCUUGUGGAAGGUGCGUCGCAGUCAGAAAUUGGACAUGUCUGCCCGUCUGGAACUGCAGUCGGCUUUAGAAGCUGAAAUCCGUGCCAAGCAACUGGUUCAGGAAGAGCUGCGCAAGGUCAAAGCGGCCAACAUCUCUUUUGAGAGCAAACUGAAGGAUACAGAGGCCAAGAACAAAGAGCUGGAAGAACAGAUGGAGAACUUGAAGAAGGAAAUGGAGGAGAGCUGCUCUCGGACGGACAAAGGCCUGAAGCUGCCAGACUUUCAGGACUCCAUCUUCGAGUACUUCAAUACCUCCCCCCUCGCUCAUGACCUGACAUUCAGAUCAAGUUCUAUUGGUGAUAUGGACACCACACCCCAGAAGUCCGAAACCUUCCCAUCGGUGGCUUCAGAACAGGAUGAACCAGUGAAGCCUCUAGCUACCACCCCUGCUGCUCCGUCUCCACUUUAUCAGCCCACUCUCAGUGCACCAAAGCCUAAAGCUCACCAGCUGAGCAUCAAGACCUUCUCCAGCCCGACCCAGUGCACACACUGUACCUCACUGAUGGUGGGUCAGAUCCGACAAGGCUACGCCUGCGAAGUAUGCUCUUUCAUCUGCCACGUGUCGUGUAAAGACAACGCGCCGCAGCUUUGCCCCAUUCCUCCGGAGCAGGCCAAGAGACCUCUGGGUAUUGAUGUGCACAGAGGCAUUGGCACAGCUUACAAAGGCUUUGUCAGGAUCCCAAAGCCCACAGGAGUGAAGAAGGGCUGGCAGAGAGCCUACGCUGUAGUGUGUGACUGUAAACUUUUCCUCUAUGAGGUGCCUGAAGGGAAAUCCACUCAGCCGGUUGUUAUGGCCAGUCAAGUCCUCGACUUGAGGGAUGAGGGCUUUUCUGUAAGCUCUGUGUUGGCCUCUGACGUGAUCCAUGCCAGCCGUAAGGACAUUCCUUGCAUAUUCAGGUUAACAUCAUCCGCUCUGAACUCCCCGAUCCAACCGGUGCCUCUGCUGGUCUUGGCUGAGAGCGAGGCGGAGAAGAGGAAGUGGGUGGGAAUCCUGGAGGGUCUGCAGAACAUCUUGGCCAAGAACCACCUGAAGAACCGUGUGGUUCAUCUCCUGCACGAGGCUUACGACAGCAGCCUUCCCGCCAUCAAAACGACACAAUCAGCUGCCAUCGUAGAUCGAGAGCGAGUCGCCUUGGGGACCGAAGACGGCCUGUUUGUAGUUGAGAUCACCAGAGAUGUCAUCGUUCGUGCCGCCGACUGUAAAAAGGUCUGCCAGAUUGAACUCAUUCCAAAAGAGAAGAUGGUGGCCCUGCUUUGCGGCCGGAGCCGUCAUGUCCACUUAUACCCCUGGGCGGCGUUAGAAGGUGUCGAAGGCACUUUCGAUGCUAAGCUCACAGAUACAAAAGGCUGCCAGUCUCUGACUAUAGGUACCCUACACCCGGGUGGCCCGGCGUGUCUUCUGGCUGGUGUAAAGCGUCAGGUCCAAUGCUACGAAAUCACACGUGCAAAGCCUCACUUUCGCAAACUGUGGGAGGUGCAGGCGCCCGGUGUCGCCCAGUGGCUCAGAAUCGUCCGCGAUCGGCUGUGCGUGGGAUACCCAUCAGGCUUUGCUUUGCUCGCCAUGCAGGGAGAGUCUUCCCCCGUCAGUCUGGUGAGCCCCGCAGACCCCUCGCUAGCGUUUUUGGCCCAACCGCCCAUGGACGCCCUGCACGCUAUGGAAGUAGGGGCCAAUGAAUUUCUGCUGUGCUUCAGUCAGCUGGGAGUGUACGUGGACGCUCAGGGACGGAGGUCUCGAACGCAGGAGCUGAUGUGGCCAGCCAUGCCGCUUGCUUGCAGUUCAAAUUCCAACUACCUGACCGUGUACAGUGAUUAUGGACUAGAUGUGUUUGAUGUCAAAACUACAGAAUGGGUCCAGACCAUUUCUUUAAGAAAGAUUCGACCUCUGAAUGUGGAGGGAAGUCUGAACAUGUUGGGCAACGAGCAGCCCCAUCUUAUCUACUUCAGCAACAACUCCUCAGACGGCUGUGAACUGACCAUCCCCGAGACCUCAGACUACAGCAAGAAAUUGAUGGUGAGGACACGCAGCAAGAGGAAGUUCCUCUUUAAAGUGCCAGAGGAGGAUCGGCUACAGCAGAGAAGGGAGAUGCUGAGGGAUCCUGAGAUGAGAUCAAAGCUGAUCUCCAACCCCACCAACUUCAACCACGUUGCUCACAUGGGCCCGGGUGAUGGAAUGCAGGUCCUCAUGGAUUUACCCCUGCAGAGCGAGACUCCCUCCCCCUCAUCCUCUCGCCAUCACGCCCUGAUCUCCCCUCCGACCAACUUUGAGCACGUCUAUCACAUGAGCCCCGUCUCUGCCGGGCUCUAUCUGCAGAAAGAGCCUUCUUCACAGCAGAGCCUGCUUCAGUUCUCCUCUUCCUCCUCCUCUCCUUCCACAUCCUCCCUGGGAAGGAGUGUGAUGCCUUCCCAGGAUGACCCAUCUGCCGGAAAGCCCCGCCCUCUAUCUAGCAUCUCUCGGCAACAGAAAAGCAAGACCCACAUCACCCGCACUGCCUCAGGAGGAGGAGAUUUUGGAGGAGCGGGGUCGUCUCGCAGUAUUUCUGAUCAAGAUCAAGACUACGAAAGAGAGCCCGACUCUGACUCCACCAAACACUCCACCCCCUCCAACAGCUCCAACCCCAGCAGCCCUCCGAGCCCCAACUCUCCACACCGCAGUCAGCUCACUCUGGACAGCCUGGAUCAAAGCCUGGACGGCUGAGCGAGAACGACGUCCCAUUUCCCGCCCUCCACGCACAUCAGGCACCACAAGUAUCCAUCCGCUCUGCUAGGACUCCUUGUGAAGUGCCAAGACUCUACUGCUCAUCCUCCAUGAGGGCCUAAAGUUUACCCCCUGUUCCUGUUGCCGGGUGGAUGCGGCAGAGAUGACGUAUCACCACGAGUGGAACGCCCUCAUAUUGGUGUGUGCUGCCAGGCGUGGGCAACACAUCCCUGCUAUUCAAAAAACAAAGCCUGCCCCCUGGUGGAGAUGUUGUGGUAUUAUCACUAACAGGGUCAGAUUUAGCAGUAUGAUGGACAUUUUUUUUAUUUUAAAUCUUAAUUUCAUGCCAUGCUCCUGCAAGUUUUUUUUUGUUAAUUACUUUAUUACUUUAGGAAAUGAACAGAUGCAUCUGCUGUGUCAGAAUCGCUCUUGAACCGAUCUGUCGUAGAGGAUUAUUAGCAGAAAAGGAAAAGAGACUUCUUGCGCUGUUUUUAAAUGUAUAUUAUCAAGAAGUUCAACACGCAUAAAGGGGGCGGAAGAGAGAAGCAGAUAAGAAGAACGAACUGUGACAUAUAAUGACAUUCGUAUACAAACCAAGUGUAACAAUUCCUCACUGCUCUUCAGGGACCAGUGAAACGGCUCGCCUCAUCUCAAGAGCAAUAGAUCAGUGACACGAAGACAAUGAUCUGCGUCUGACUUUGUGGGUUUUAAAACAAACCAGAGGGCACUUUUAUUGUUCAAAAUUUUCUCUCUCCAGUUUAGCAUUUUAAACCAGCCUUUAUAAUAUUACAGUUUUAACUUAGAUGUUUCCCUCAAAAAUAUCUAGUCUGUGCGACACUGCUUAUCACCAGGAGGAAAAGAAAGCAACAAAAGGAACAUACUUUACAUAGAGAUAAGUGUUAUAAUAAUAAUAAUAUUGACUAAAAAAGAGAACGGCACACUGCUCAGAUUAUUCAUAGGAUUUCAGUAGUUCCUCUCAAGCUGCUGCUUUGUGUGCUCUAUUUAAUAAGAAAAGUUUAAAAAAAUAUAUGUGAUAAGGUUAUUUCAUCAUAGCCAUGCUCUGAGUCUGGUUUAUGAUGUUUUAUAUACAUCAGCCUCUCAACAUUUCAAUGUUAAAGACUCCUAUCGGGAUGCUGAUAUGAAUUUGUUUGUUGAUACCUGAGGAGGACGUAGGAAAUGUAGGCAUGGCUGGCAUAUCCAUUAUCACUCGCGUGUGCCUUCUGUGCCAACUUUCGUUUCUGUAAUAAACUGUCUGCUCAAGCAUUUCAGUGGUUUUAUUAAGGCUGAUGGUAAUGUAUUAUUUUGUCCCCCGCCCUUCUUAAACACUGUAAGAACCUUGCACACGUUUUAGUUCCAGGAAUUGAUUUUGUGUGAAUGUUUUUUUCCCCCAUACUUCACUUGUCUGCUUCAUCAGAUGAAAGAUUAUCCUCAGAACACUACUGCUUUUACUUUAAAAGAGAAAAAAAUCACAGGUUGAAAUCUUUGUAAUUAUUGACUUGUUAGCCACAUAAAUUUGAACAAACAAUAAACGAGUACCUGUUGUGC